AUGGAAAGCGACGAUGAUCGACGUGCACGACAAAUUCUGGAAGAAACUACUGUGCGAACGGAGUCAGGAAGGUUCCAGACAGGCUUGUUGUGGAAGGACAACCACGUGGAGUUCCCGAACAGCCGGCCCAUGGCGGAAAAGCGAUUCCGUUGUCUUGAGCGCCGCCUAGCAUCAAAGCCCGACCUGUACGACAACGUGAAGACCCAGAUCAGUCAAUAUCAAGCCAAGGGAUACGCACAUAAGGCGAGUCCGGAUGAAUUAGCCAGUUUCGAUCCAAAGCGGACUUGGUUUCUUCCACUGAACGUCGUUACGAACCCGAGGAAACCGAACAAGGUGCGAUUAGUGUGGGAUGCGGCCGCUAAAGUCCAAGGCCAGUCGUUCAAUUCUGCUCUCCUUGCUGGACCGGACUUUCUCACCCCGCUUCCUUCGGUUUUGUCAUCGUUUCGCCAGUUCGAGGUGGCCAUUAGCGCUGAUAUCUGCGAGAUGUUUCAUCAGAUCUUGAUUCGACUUGAGGACCGGUCGGCACAGCUAUUCUUGUGGCGGGAUGAUCCAUCUGAGCCCUUCGAGGUCUUCGUCAUGGACGUCGCGACGUUUGGCUCCACCUGCUCACCAUCUGCAGCCCAGUUUGUAAAGAAUCGCAAUGCCGAGGAGUUUGCUGAAGAGUUUCCGCAGGCAGUGGAGGCAAUUACGAAGCACCAUUAUGUGGAUGAUUUUUUGUGCAGCGUGGACACCGAGCAAGAAGCAGUCGAACUGGCAGAGCAGGUGAAAUUGGUGCACUCGAAGGCCGGUUUCGUCAUAAGAAAUUGGCUGUCGAACUCGAGUUACGUUCUAACACAGGUCGGGGAGCAGCCAACAGAUUCGGCAAAGAAAAUUUGGAUCGACAAAUCGGCCGCUUACGAACGGGUUCUCGGCAUGAUCUGGAAGCCUGAACCAGAUGUCUUCGUCUUCCAAGGCGUGUUCCGAGAAGAAAUUCUGGCUCUCCUCUCGGAUAACGUUGUUCCGACCAAAAGAGAAGUACUGCGGACGGUUAUGAGCAUCUUCGACCCCCUCGGACUGGUAGCCAUUUUCGUCAUCCACGGGAAGGUGCUCGUGCAACAUAUUUGGCGCUCUGGACUCGGUUGGGAUGAACGUUUGUCGGACACUCUGCUAGACCAGUGGAAACGAUGGGUCAAGUUACUGCAGCAGCUAGACGAAGUUGCAAUCCCACGCUGCUACUUUCCUGGCUACUCUUCCGAAGACUACACGUCCGUCGAGCUCCAUAUCUUUGUGGAUGCAUCCGAGGAAGCCUUUGCAGCAGUGGCCUAUUUCCGAAUCGUUGAAGGAACAAGAGUUCGAUGUUCAUUGGUAUCGGCGAAAACGAAGGUAGCCCCUCUAAAGCUUUUGUCCAUUCCCAGGCUGGAAUUGUCAGCUGCCGUUCUCGGGGCUCGGCUUUCAAAGUCCGUUAUGGAGAACCACACGAUCCCAAUCAAACGGAGAACGUUCUGGAGUGAUUCCUGCACCUUUCUCUCCUGGUUGCGGGCAGAUCCCAGAAAAUAUCGGCAGUUCGUUGCAUUUAGGCUGACAGAAAUACACGAUCUCACGCAGGUCGACGAAUGGCGGUGGGUGCCAUCACGCAUGAAUGUCGCUGACGAUGCUACAAAGUGGGGCAAAGGACCCAAUAUCAGCUCAAGCAGUCGUUGGUUCCAAGCACCUACAUUUCUGUACGAGCAUCCAGAUUCGUGGCCACAGCAGACGACGAAAGCAGAAGAACUCUUGGAAGAACUUCGACCGGUUCACCUUCACCAUGGCGUCGACAGGGAGUAUUUGCUGCAUUUUGAACGGUUCUCGAAAUGGGAACGCUUAGUUCGUGCUAUGGCCUACGUGCGUCGGUUCAUAGACAAUCUUCGAUCCAAGGCAAAGAAGCAGUUACCAAAUAACACAAAAUGGUUAAGUCGGGAUGAACUGCAGCGAGCGGAAACAACCGUUUACCAGCAGAUCCAGAACGAGGCUUUCGGAGACGAGCUAGUUAUUCUGAAGAGAAACCGAGAACUUCCCGUCGGUGAACAACAAAAGUUUGAGAAAACCAGCAAAAUCCUCAAACUUUCGCCUUUUUUGGACGAGAAAGGUGUCAUCCGGAUGGACGGUAGGAUUGCAGCUGCGCAGCAGGUCUCCUUCGACUUCAAGUUCCCGGUCAUUCUUCCCAAGAGACACAGCGGCACGAAACUUCUUGUCGAUUGGUACCAUCGACAGCACAAACACUGCAAUGCUGAAACGGCUGUGAACGAGAUGCGCCAAAAAUUCCACGUGUCGGAGAUAAGGGUGGCCUUCAAGCAAGCUGGGAAGCAGUGCCAGUGGUGUAAAGUGUACAAGGCGGCUCCAGAGAUCCCAAGGAUGGCUCCACUUCCACAAGCGAGGACUGCGUCACAUGUUCGGCCAUUCACCUACGUCGGCGUGGACUAUUUCGGGCCGAUGUUGGUUAAGCAAGGACGCAGCGAGGUGAAACGUUGGGUCGCGUUAUUCACCUGCUUGACCAUACGCGCAGUACAUCUGGAGGUGGUGCAUAACCUGACAACGGAGUCCUGCAAGAUGGCGAUCAGGCGGUUCAUCGCACGGAGGGGGGCCCCGAGGGAAAUAUUCAGCGACCGGGGAACAAACUUCGUGGGUGCUAGCCGCGACCUCAAAAUAGAGUUGCAGCGCAUCAACAGCAACCUGGCUGGCACGUUCACUAAUGCGGACACACAGUGGCGUUUCAACCCUCCUUGCACACCGCACAUGGGGGGAUCUUGGGAACGCAUGGUCCGGUCGGUUAAAAGCGCGCUGGCAUCAUUGUCUACCGGUGGCAAGCCGGAUGAUGAGACUCUCCGUACGGUACUGGUUGAGGCAGAAUCCAUCGUUAACUCGAGGCCACUCACGUACCUACCAAUCUACUCCGAGGAGCAAGAAGCGCUUACCCCGAACUGCUUCCUAAUGCUCAGCACCAGUGGUGUCAACCAGCCGGCUAGGGAACCGGUCGAAGCAAUAGCGAUGGCACGUUGUAAUUGGGACCUCUGCAAGCAGCUGUUGGACAGGUUCUGGGCUCGGUGGGUGAAAGAAUAUCUGCCAACGAUCACCAAGCGCACCAAGUGGUUCAAGGACUACAAGCCUGUUCAAGUAGGAGAUUUGGUGGUAGUAGUGGAGGACCGGAUUCGGAAUGGAUGGUUGAGAGGACGAGUGCUUCGCGUGUUCCCAGGACGUGACGGCCGAAUACGAAAUGCGGAAGUAGCGACUGCCAGUGCAGGAGUGCUGGUUCGGUCGGUAGCGAAGCUGGCGGUUCUGGAAGUCGGAGGUACCGCUGAAGUAGACUUCAAGCAAUACGGGUCGGGGGAUGUUCCGAACGACGAGAAAUCAGCACUCCGGUGCGAAAGGGUCAUCCGAUCCACACGCAGCAGAAAACCAUAG